AUGGCGAACAGCCCGCGCAAGUCAAUUGAUAGCUUGGCAUCUGGCGCAUCGACACCAUCCAUCUCACAUUAUUCUAUGACGCAACUGGAGUCGCCUCGAGUUCCCCCUCAACGAUACCCCCUGAGGAGGGGAUCCACGGCGAGCUCCAUUGUGAGCAUUGGAGGAAUAUUAGAUAUUGCACAACACCAGGGCUCCAUUGCGGAGUCAGGCCAAAAUGCGAUUUCGACCCUCCUACAGCCACCGAUUGUCCGAACCGGAUUAACACCACAUACCGCCGUAUCGACUACUAGAUACAAACCCCCGUCGUCUCGCGAUAUUCCACCAGUCACCUUGACCAACAUCACUCAUGUGGAUUCCAAGGUGUUCCAGCCGUACUUAUCGCAAGUCGGUUCGCUAUAUGACGUUUUCCAGCAAUCAAAGGAAAAUGCUGGGGAGGAAGGCCAGGCAUCACCAAGGGUGAAGUCGCCUAAGCCAGAUGAUAUGGAAUCUUUGAUGCCAUGGAGCCCCGAGCGAAGGUCUUCAACAAUAUCCACCAACUCACGACCAACAUCGCCGUACGAUCCACGAGGCCGACGACCUUCCGCUUUGCGAGGCCGUGGUCCCGCAGUGACACCGCUAUCCACAAUUCCGCCUGUUUAUUUCGAAGAAGAAUUUCGCCUGGAGAACCCUCGGACUUUCGAUGUAAUAUCGGAAAAAUCCGAAGUUGUACGACCAGCUAGACCGCCUGUGAAAGAUGACAACCACUCCAACGGAGCUCCAUUGGAGCCCGUCCACACUGGAAGGAAAGCUUUGGCUACUAAUGCCAUUCUCCAGGAAAAGCUCUCCUGGUACAUGGACACUGUGGAAAUCCAUCUUAUCUCUUCUAUUUCUACUGCCUCCAAAUCCUUUUUCACGGCGUUGGGUUCAUUACGCGAACUACAUGCGGAAGCGGCUGACUCGGUGGAGCGAAUUCAAGUCUUGCGGCGAGACCUACAAAAAAUCGACAAAGAAAUGGCUCUUGGGGGGUUGAAAAUUGUUAACCUUCGAAGAAGACGUGAAAAUGUGCGCAUGUUAGCUGCCGCCGUGGCACAGCUGCGUGACGUGGUUGAAUCAGUAUCUCGUUGUGAAGAGUUGGUCGAGCAGGGCGAUAUAGAAGUUGCUUCUGAUGAGCUUGAGGAAGUUGAAAGACUAAUGUCCGGCGAGAAAGUUUCUGAACGACCGACUGAAGCUGAAGACACGGGUCCACGCCGAGCGAUCGAUCUCCGAAGGCUAAAGGCUCUUGAUGGCGCUGCUGAAGAUCUCUCCCACCUAAGGCAACGGAUUGGAAUGGGUUACGAGACCCGGUUCAUGAAUGACCUGCUAGGAGACUUGCGUCAGCAUGUUGAGAAUGUUUCCUCCGACAUUACGCUGCAGCGCUGGGGCUCUUCUUUCCUACGGCAGCGUGGUGGCAACCGACCAGUAUCAAUGGUGUCUCCAGCUUAUAUGAAUUUCGAUAAUGAGCUACGCUCCAAGUUGCACAUUCAGCUUACUGGUCUCGCCAAGGCUCGCUUUACUACCCCUGCCGCUACUUCGUUUAAGGGAGCCGUACUGCGAGAGAUGAAAGGACUUAUCCGGAAACACCUGCCCAGCUCAAGCGACGAUGACAAUGAAUCCAUGGUAUCCGUUUCUACAGUUGGUGGUCAACAGCGGAGUCAGCAGGAGAAAUCCUCUAUCCUUGCCCGGAAUCUCAGGGCUCUCGACUCUGAAGACGCAUAUCAAAUGCUAUUAGCAGUCUACACUGGUAUUAGUGAAUGUCUCCGUCGGCUGAGCACCCAGGUCAAGAUCCUUCUAGAUAUUGCCAGUGGUCUUGAAAACCCUCCUACUGUCGGUGGCAGGUCCCCGCGGAUUCCCUCGGACCGAAGACUAUCACAGUCUGCUCAGAUGGCUCAGGAUGAGAUACUACAAGUUUUGGAUAUGUCAAGUCUUCUUGGGCAAGCGGUGGACAUUGCCCAGUCUCAGAUCACCAAAGUACUCAAAGUCCGAUCAGAGCAGACAGCGCAACUUCCCAAGGAAGAGUUCUUAAAGUAUUUCACUCUCAACCGCCUAUUCGCUGACGAGUGUGAGGCGAUCUCCGGCCGAGGUGGCACCGCACUCCGGACAAUUGUGGGUAACCAGAUCCGUGAUUUCAUCACCCGUUUCAGUGAGGCACAGCGCCAUCGCAUCGUCAAGGUUAUGGAUGCCGACCGGUGGGACGCUCGUGAUUUUGGAGAUCCGGAAGUCAUGAUCCUCACUCGUAUCUUGGACUCCAGCACCAGGGACAUUGAGGUAUGGAUGGAAAUUUCCAAAAUAUGGCUCCCCGCCAAUGAGAUACAGUCCAAAAACUCGGAAAACCCAACUUCCAAUGGCCAAGGCAAAGAGAAGGUUCGCAGUGCGGUAAUUGAUGAACAAAAAUACAUUUUACCGGAGUCCGCUGUUGCUAUAAUGCGCAGCAUCGAAGAAUUCCAGUUCUUGAUGGCGAAUAUUCCUAAUAUGAUCCAGGACAUCGCUCCCCAGCUUUUGGAGAUACUGAAGCUGUUCAAUUCACGAUCUUCACAGCUGAUUCUCGGCGCCGGUGCUACAAAAAGCGCUGGCUUGAAGAAUAUCACAACUAAGCACCUCGCACUUUCGUCCCAAGCAUUGAGCUUCGUUGUUUCCUUAGUCCCAUAUGUUCGGGAGUUCGUUCGUCGGCAUGGACAGAGUAACCAAGUAAUGGCCGAGUUUGACAAGGUCAAACGACUGUGCCAGGAGCAUCAAAACGGCAUCCACGAAAAGCUUGUGGAUAUCAUGAGCUCGCGCUCCGUACUUGCCGUCAAUUCGAUGAAGAAGAUUGAUUGGGAUUCCGAACCUGAAUCUACCGCUGUUCAUCCUUACAUGGAGAUCUUGGCUAAGGAGACAGGGACUCUGCAUCGCGUCCUCAGUAAACACUUGCCUGAAAUGACAGUGGACAUGAUCAUGGGACCUGUGUUUAAUCGUUACCGAGAUCAAUGGUUCAGGGCUUUUGAUGAGGCUCAUGUCUCGUCAGAGACUGGAAAGAAGAGGAUGCAAAUCGAUAUUGAACACUUCCAAGCGAAGCUUAGCAAGAUUGACGGCGCAGGCACCCUUGGCGGCAAACUACUUGAAUUGGUGAAAGCGAAGACCGUCUCUGCGUCAUUGUUCGAUGCCGAAUCGCCUGAACCUACCCAAGAAGAGUCCGAAGGGGAGAAGAAGUCUGACUCUUCCAAGUCAUAA